AUGGCCCAGAAUUUCGAGGCGAUCCUCGAGGAAGAUUUCGCCGGCUUCUGCAUUAAGUGGGUCAGACCGGAGCAUAGACAGCAUCUUCGAGCAGCACUGCAUCAAGAAUGGAUGGGUAUGUCCACAGAUGGACAAAAUGUCGUCUUAGAGCAGAUUAGCCAGAUGCGUGGUGCCGCUGGCCACCGAACAGAAUACGAGAAUGCCAUUGCGGCCCAGGUGUAUGACUUGAACCGACCUCCUAAGAACGCUCAUGCCGCACGACUGCAGCUUCUGGACAACCUGGACGACUGGGCCAUCGGCAGUCGGGAGCAAAUUCAAAGACUCCUGGCGAUGCUUGGGGUGUUGAAGACAGAUCUGCAGCAAUGGUCCUUCCCGCCGCUGGCAUUUAUUGCUUGUGUGGACAGCUGGCGACUCGUUGCAAACCAGUGGUCACAGCCUCAGAAGCACCAUCAGGCGAGACGGGACGAGCUUCACAAAUUGCUUCGUAACACGCCUGGACGCAAGGUUGAGGCGGAAGAAUUGACGGGUGUCGAUGAACUGUUCGAUGAAGCCGCGAGGCAAGCCAGCCAACAUCCGACUAUACCAAAUCCAUCAACACCGCCACUAUUUCGAUAUAUCGAAGAUUCCCAGGAUGUGAAUAUUCGGUGGGAGUUGAAGUAUUUCAACGACAAAGGGGGCCAGAAUUCCGGCGUCGCUCUGAUGUGCGGCGUUGAUCAACAUGGUACUAUCAUCACAAGAGCAGUGCAGAAGAGGAUUAGACCAAGAAGGAUGGAUGAUCCGAGGGACUGGGUCGGUGAUCUGGUGUCUGGCGAUACGUUGCCGGUCUUGAAAGAAUAUGCCACUCAGGUCGUGGCAUCUGAGGCCAAUGACGCGAGAUUUAUUCUCAAGACGCUGGCUGAGCCGGCAGAUUCUGGCAACGGAGAGCACCGACUGUACUUGGAGUACGCACCACACGGCGACCUCGACACCGUGGUGGAUGCCCACAUGGGGCAAGGCACAAAGGUACCGGAGGCUUUCGCAUGGCUAUUGUUCCAAGCUCUGAUCGAGAGCGCCCUUAUCUUGAAGAAAGGUGUUCUUCAUGGGGCUGCUCCAGACGACUGGCGACAAAUCGUGCAUCGAGACUGGAAACUGGGUAACGUGGUCCUUGGGCUUAAAGCUGAUGACCACUUCCCGCAGUACCCGCGACCCCGGGUCUCGGACUUUGGCUUUGCAAUAUUCACCGGCGAGGACGAUCCUCUCAAUCCUAACUUUUGGGUUGGCGAUGGGACUAAUGGAUGGUACCCACCUGAAGGAAUGAAGUAUAUCGACUCGGAGACGGGCAAGGUGGUUGAUAAUUGGAAGAUGCUCUCAGCUUGUAACGUAUGGGGCAUCGGCAUAGUCAUGUAUGAUCAAGUCGGCCUGGGAGACCAAGAUGCAGGGGAUGACCUACCCGAAGAUGACGACUCCGAGGACAACGAAAACUUUAGCUACAAACUCUACCCACACCUCGCGGGAGACUACAGUGUGAGACUCUGUGAAGCGGUGCAAGAUUGCUUGGCGUUCCACCCUGGUAAGCGACCAUCUAUCGAGAAUCUGAAGAACUGGAUCGAUGGAGUGUUCAGCGAGCCUGGCUCGGAUCUUCGACAGUUGAAUCGUGGGAUCAUGACGGCAUAUGCCAAGACCGUGUUGUAUAAGCUGGAGAAAGAUCGGUAUAAGAUUCACAUGGUCUGGAAUGAUGCGGCGAAUCGGGGUGAGCCGGAUAGUUCGGAUUUUGAGGAGGAUGAGGAGGAAGGGGAGAUGGAGGAAGGGGAGAUGGAGGAGGAUAGUAACAAUGGCAGCACGACGCGAUUUGCGAUUUCGGAAGACCCCAAAAGCAACGACGAAGAUAAACUAGCAGGAAAACCAGAAGAAGAGAACGAAGAGGCAGAAGACCUCAUGGGCUUGGGAAUCGACAAGGAGCCAGGAGAAGAUUUCCUUCGGUUCGUGAUCGGGGAUGAUGCUACAGGAGCCCAAGAUGUUGCGGCAGCACAAGAGUGGUGGGGCAGAACUCGUGAUGAGGAAGCAGCCAUUGACAAAUGCAUGUCAUGGAUCUCGGUUGUCUCACCUACGCGGAGCACUGUGGCUGGACGUCUCCAAAUCGACCGACAGAACGUCAAGAAGACUGUGAACUCGACGUUGAAUGAUCGCUUGUGGAAUCUUGAUGUCUAUGACAACGACUUGAGCCAACAGCUACUCACGUACAAGGAGUAUGUCUCAGGAAUCAACGACCUCGAACGAACAUACGCUCUUAUGGCUCCUCCGGGCUCUUUCCUACUCCGAGGCAUUCGAUAUUUGCAGAAGACUGCCAAAGCUGGACAGAAAGAUCUGGAGGAUGAAGCAGCCAAAAUACGAGAGACCGUUCACAGCUUGAAGCGUAGAUCCCCAGGAAGGAAAGCACCCAGGAAGCACACCAGGGGCGAGUUCGAUAGAAUGAAACGUCAGGCCUAUGAGCAGCAACGCAGUAUGCCUGGUCCUGCCCUACGACACCCGUGCACUCCAAUACACCCAGAUGUUGUAAAAUGGCAUCAUAUCAUUUUGGACAAUACUGGCUGCCAGAACGAAGGGACAGAAGUGUGUCUUGGUGUUGCCUGGGAUGGUAGGAUAGUGGACAGAAGGGUACAGAAAAUUGUGCACCAUGAAGGUGAAAAUUGGGGCUCGCCGCAUAAGUGGUGGUACUUUCAGAACGAUGAACUCUACCCUAUGGAGUACGUCACGCAGACGACAGUUGGUCAGUCGGCAGAAGCACGGUUUGCUCUGCAGACCACGUCUGAGCCGGUGUUGCAGACGGAUCGACAGAUGUUCCAUCUGUAUCUUGAAUUUGCACCUUGCGGUGACCUCGAGAAGGUCAUAGACGCCCACAUAGAGACAGGACAUCCCAUACCCGAAACCUUCAUCAUGCUUGUCUUCCAAAGCCUGAUCGAGACAGCUAUGAUCAUGAAGAAGAACUUCACGCAUCCCAAAGCCCGAGCACCAUCCAAUUGGCUAGAAAUCGUACAUAAAGACCUGAAGCCGGCGAAUAUCUUCCUCACGCUCCCGAACGAAAACCACUUCCCAUGCUUCCCAACACCGAAACUCGCAGACUACGGCUUGGCGACUUUGACACACAAGGAUGAUCCACUCAAUCCAUCGUUCUACAACACCGUCGGAACCUCAGGCUAUGAUGCCCCCGAGCAAUCCAGCAUGUAUGACCCGGUGACCAACAAGCCAGUCGAUAACUUCCCUAUCCUCUCACCCUGCAACAUCUGGGCCAUUGGUGCCGUCAUGUACACCAUGAUGACGCUCAACGACCUCUCGCUGUACGAAGUCGAAGCGCUCCCUUACUAUGUCAACGCAGGUAAAGAGAAAGCGAAGGGGGACGAAUUCGAGCGGAACCUCGAUGACGAUCUCAGAAAACGAUGGGGCCAUCUCAGGACUUACAAUGCUGCGUUGAGACAUGCGGUGCAGAGUUGUAUGAACUUUCUGCCAGAGGCGAGGCCUGCGGUUGAGGAGUUGAAAGAGUGGAUUGAUACUGAGAUGAGGGAUAAUGAGGGGUUCAAGAACGCGAGCAGGGGGUGGGCCUUUGAAGGAGGGUUAUGCUGGGAACAGGAGCGGGAGGAGUGGAAGUUAGGGAUGUGUUGGCCGCCGAAGGUUGGGCUGGGCCUUGGGCGUGGGAGGAGGUGA